GUACCGCAAUCAUGUACCGUACUCCCCUGGUUGAUACCAGUUAUUUUACGAUCACAUUUUUUAGAAAGCAUCGUCGAGAAAUGAAUUCACGUGUUCUCAGUUCGUAAAUCUAUUGCUAGAAUUUGGAAGAGGUGACUCUCCUCUUAAUAAUUGGCCCUGCAAAAUUUACUAUGAGCCGUACAUUUUACAUGGGUAGUGUGCGUUUAUUUCUUGUCUGGGUUCCGCAGGAUUAGGAUGCUCCCAGAACCGAGCGUCUGAUCUUGGUUUGACUUGACGCAACUCGUGCAUGCGGCGCAUGCGGCCACACAACGACCCAAAGCUAGCUAGCUAGCAAGACGCAAGAACGGGAUUAUCAAAGGACCACUCCGACUUUGGCACCUGGCCACAAGCAGAAGAAGUGGCUCGCAAAAAGAUAAAAAGAUUCUUGCUUCUGUGCCCUUGUCAGCAUAUUGAAAGCAUCGCGACAGUUUAGGCUCAUUAAUCCAGAUUCUACAUCUCAAACAGCACAUCAUGUCCAACACGCCAACAAUCGCCACCAACACAACACCUCGCCCUGCUGCUGCAGCAGACGAGGGCGUUCGGGUCUCGUUCAACGAAAACCCCUCUCUCUUGUUGAUCCCUCCUGUUCAGGAUUACACAACGAGUGAAGUGGAGCAGCUGUGGUACACCCCCGACGAUCACGAAGAAAUCAUGGAAGACGCCAUGGACGUUGCCAAUGGAUGGAACUACGAAGGCGACUCCACCCGAGGCACAGAGAAACUCAACCGCAUCACCGGAAAACAGUCGGAACAACGCCGCAAACACAUUGUGAGAGCCGUACUACAAGAGCAACAUAGACUGCGAAGCAGUGGACAAGAACCUCGAUUGAGUCUUUUGGCCAAGGUAGCCACUCCGAUAUCCACAGAGGACCAGAGCACCGCCUAUGAACGAGCAUACAAUGACGAAUUGGAAAGUUUGCCCCGCAAAACCUCACAAGCCAAGAGUAAUAACGAGGUUGUUGUCGUCAAGAAAGGGUUCAUGUCGAGCGUCUCUCGAAUGUUUGGCGUUGGGGGUGAUUCCCGGAAUUGCUCGCCUCCUCGAAUGCUUUAGAAAAGCAAGAUGCCACUGCAUGUCCCUCAUAGAAAUGGAAGGACGAUGAGCGCCUGAUCCUGUCUGCACCAAUAGAACGUACCAUAGAAAAGCUAAAAGUAAAACCAACCAAACAAUC